AUGGAAAACCUAGACAACAUAAAACUAUUUCUAAAAUCAUUAGACAAUGCAACAACUCAAUACGAAUCAUCACUAACUCCCCUUUUAUCAAAAUCAAUAGACGAACAACUAGCUUUAAUUACAUCCCCAAAAGACAAAAUCAAUUUCUUAAACAACUAUCAAUACAUAUUAAUAUCAACAAUAUUCACAUACUUAAAAGUAAUAGGAGUAGAUACAGAUCAACAGCCAAUCAAAAAAGAAUUAAAUAGAAUCAAAAGUUAUAUGAUGAGGUUACAACAGUUGAAUCAAACACAAGAUAUCAAAAAAGACGACACCACAACAACAACAAAAGAAUUUUUGAAACAAACUCUAGGUGUUAAGAAUGGGAAUGAAAAUACAGUUGAUAAAGUAGGUCCUGCUAUUAGUACUCAAAGUUUCCAAGGUAAACAUACUAAAUUUGAAGAGUCAAAAGAAAGUGAUAGUGAUGAAGAAGAUAUUAAGGGUCAAAGUAGUACUAAAAGAUCUAUUCCGUCACCUAAAAAGAAACCAGCAAAAGGUAAAGUCACAAAACCUACACCAAAAACAAAUAUAAAGAAAGGAAAUUUGAAUAAAAGUCAGAGGAAGUAA